AUGUCUUUCAGCGAUACGGAAUGUUCGCAUCGAUCAUCACUAGCAACUGUUCAUCGUGUUCCAGCAAAUAAUAAUUCACAAUUAUCACGAACAAUAUCUCUUCAUGAAAUUCUAUCAAAUCGUGAAACAGCCGAUUUAUUUGUUGAAUAUCUUGUAAGUUCAUCACAAACAGCAUCACUUGCUGCUGUUUAUGCUAUUGUACUUGGACUUAAUGAAAAUAAAGACGAUUUAAAUCAAUUACAUGAUAUUGGACGAGCUGCAUACAAAAUGUAUAUUGAAAAUGACUCAGUUUUACCAUGGUUACCAACACAACGACGGUUAGAAUUACGCGAUAAUUAUCGUCGUAAACAAUUUAAUGAACAUUUUUUUGAUGGUGUCUUAGAUGAUCUUCUUAUUUAUAUUGAAAAUCAAACAGAUAUAUUUCGACAAUUUCUUAAUUCACGUAUAUGGAAUGAAUAUCGACGUGGAAAAUUUUCAAAAAAUCAUGCACAAAUUAAAUCAACGUCAACACUUGGAAAUAAUUCUAGUAGUUAUCAAAAUGAAAAUGAACUUAAACGUUCACGUAAACUUCAUUCAUCAUCAUUAUCAUUACAAACAAAAACAAAAUCACAUCAUCACAAUCGAAGCACUCGAGUUGAAUCUGCAUCAAUAAAAAAAACUCGUGUAGCUUAUUUUUUGCCUGGUAGUGAUACACCAUUUGUUAUUCAAGUAGCUGUACCGCCUGAAUCUAUUACACUUAACGAUGUUCUUCCACGUUUACAUACAUCAUCAACAAAUCAACGUAAUAAUAUGAAUACAAAUAAUGAAUUUGAUUAUUUUGUUAAACAUCGUGCUACAAAUGAAAAUUGGCUUGGUGGUGAUACGCAAUUUAUUAAUGAAAAAAUUGAAGAUUUCGAUAUUCCCCUACCAAAUAUUGAUGGUACGGUGGUGAUUAGAAUACUUAAUAAUAAUUAG